AGGAUGGCGAUCCAAUUCCGCUCACUUUUCCCCUUGGCACUGCCUGGAGUGCUGGCGCUCCUCGGCUGCUGGUGGUUUUUCUCUCGUAAAAAAGAGCACAUCAGCAGCCACAACAAACAGAUGGGGGCCAGCGCUGUGAAGCUGAGGGCUGGCCCUGCCACGGAGGAAGCGCUCCCCGUGGAGGACCCCUGUCCUGGAGCAGCGGCCCCGCCCCCCAGUGCCACCCAGCCGCCUGAGAGGGAGCUCCCCACCGCCAGCAAGCCCCCUGUGGAGCCCCCGGCCCUGCUGCGGGCACACCCGGCCUACCGGCGAUCAGAGUCCUCGGGCGGCCUUUCCAACACCGUGGACACGAGGUUUCGACCAGGACCACGCAAAGAGGACGGUGCAAGGGUGGAGCUCGCUCUGACGGGUGACGAAGCCAAGUCUGCUCCUCUAGAGUGUCCCCUGCCGUCCCCAAAAGGCGUUCCGUUCCCCCACGAAGCAGCUGAGGUGUGUAAUCGAGAGGCCGUGAUGGGCAGGCCGGCAGGGUGGCGCCGGCAGGGCCAGUCUGCAGCCUCUGCAGAGAAGGUGGGCCUCGGGGAGAAGACCAGGGAGAUGGGUGGCGCCGAAGGCACAGGUGACGCGGUGCCGGGAGAGAACGUGCCGGAAGAAGGUCCCAUGUCCCGGGAGCAGGGCCCCGAGUUGCCGAGCAGCAGAGCCCCCAGCCUGGCUCCCUUGGGAGGAGGGGGAGAGAAGGGGAGGAGCAGCCUGCUGGCGGCGGACGAGGACCCCGCGGGGAAGUUGCUGAGUAGCUUCGUGGAGUCGGCCCACUCGGAGCUGGCGACGCCCGAUGAGACGCCAGCGCCCCGGGUCAGGGCGGGCAGAGGCUGGGACGGAGACUUCAGCUGGGAGCGGGGCAAGGAAGAGGUCUUGGACGGGAACGAGAGGGUCGAGCAGGCUGCCUUCCAGGUCAUCUCCAAAGUGAUCUUGGAGGCCACUGAGGAGGUGCUGGCCACCACGAUGGGCAGGAUCGCGGGUCGGAUGCAUCAGGCCUCGGCUGCUCAGCUGCAAGGGCCGCAGGAGGAGAGCUGCGCCCGAGCCCACCAGCGAGCUGCCCUGGGCCCGGGUGCCGCGGGGCCGGCUCUGGCCGCAGCGGAGGCAGCCGCGGGCCCGGUGGGCGCCGCCUUCCCCUCCGCAGACCUGCUGGCAGAGGACCUGCCGCCACCAAAGACCUAUGUGAGCUGCCUGACCAGCCCUCUGUCCAGCCCCACCAAGGACAGGAAGCCAAAGAACUCUGCGCACCACGUCUCCCUGGCCCCCUGCCCUCCACCAGCUGCCUCCCUUGGAGAGUCACUGGACGAGGCAAGCAUCCUGGAAGAAGAUGCCGCUUGUGUCACCUGCGUGUCCAGCAACGGCCAGGGUGUCCCCUCCGUGGCCUCCUCUGGGCAGUGCUCAGAUUCUGUCAGCACUUCGGGGCUCGAAGACUCUUGUACAGAGACCACCUCCAGCCCCAGGGACAAGGCUGCCACCCCGCUGCUGCCAGAAAGUACUGUGCCCUUCAGCAACGGGGUGCUGAAAGGGGAGCUGUCGGACCUGGGGGCUGAGGAUGGAUGGACCGUGGGUGCGGAAGCAGAUCAUUCGGGAGGUUCGGACGGGAACAGCAUGGAUUCGGUGGACAGCUGCUGUGGCCUCAGGAAGCCUGACGGUUUCCAAAAUGCCCAGGCAGGCUCCCAUCCCAAGAAGGUCGACCUCACCGUCUGGGAGAUCGAGGUGCCUAAGCACCUAGUUGGUCGGCUGAUUGGCAAGCAGGGACGGUAUGUGAGUUUUCUGAAGCAGACAUCUGGUGCCAAGAUCUACAUCUCAACCCUUCCAUACACCCAGAACAUCCAGAUCUGCCACAUAGAAGGCUCUCGGCGUCACGUGGACAAGGCGCUGAGCUUGAUCGGGAGGAAGUUCAAGGAGCUGGACCUCACCAACGUCUGCGCCCCCCCACUGCCUUCGCCGGCACUGCCUUCUCUUCCAGCGACUUCCUGGCUCAUGCUCCCGGAUGGCAUCACUGUGGAGGUGAUCGUGGUCAACCAGGUCAAUGCCGGGCACCUGUUUGUGCAGCAGCACACACACCCUACCUUCCAUGCGCUGCGCAGCCUGGACCAGCAGAUGUACCUCUGCUACUCUCAGCCUGGAAUCCCCACCUUGCCCACCCCAGUGGAAAUAACGGUCAUCUGCGCUGCCCCUGGCAUGGACGGUGCCUGGUGGCGAGCCCAAGUGGUGGCCUCCUACGAGGAGACCGAUGAAGUCGAGAUUCGCUACGUUGACUAUGGUGGAUACAAGAGAGUGAAAGUAGACGUGCUCCGGCAAAUCCGGUCUGACUUUGUGACCCUGCCGUUCCAGGGAGCAGAGGUCCUGCUGGACAGCGUGAUGCCCCUGUCAGAUGAUGACCACUUCUCACCUGAGGCGGAUGCAGCUAUGAGCGAGAUGACAGGCAAUGCAGCACUGCUGGCUCAGGUGACGAGGUAUAGUCCAACCGGCCUUCCUCUGAUUCAGCUCUGGAGUGUGAUUGGAGAUGAAGUGGUGUUGAUAAACCGGUCGCUGGUGGAGCGAGGACUUGCUCAGUGGGUGGACAGCUAUUACUCGAGCCUCUGA